AUGAUCAACCGCUACGUGGCACCCGGGCUUCUCGGAGAACGUAGCGGCAAGCUGAAAUCCUUGCCCACCGAUAGACCGCCUUUCAAUCUGAACUCGCACUCGGAUACUGCACAAGCCUCGAUCAUCAGUAGCUUGUGGGAUCGAAUUCGUGGGCUUGAGGAGAAGCUGGCGAGUGCUACUUUGAAUGAGCAGCCGAGAAGUAGUACAUCGCCGAAACAGGAACGCUCAGGUGCCACAAGCGGUCAAUUUGUGAAGUCGAAGUAUUAUGGUCAAAGUCAUUGGAUCAAUGCCAUAGAUCCUUAUGAUGCUCUUGGUGAUGCAAACACGACGAUCAACGACAAUACAAACAGGAAGGAAGUGAACAAAUCGACUGAAUUAUAUGCUACUGUCUCAGAGGUCAAACGAAUGGCCCGCAUCAUCAAGGCCUCUCGCAUGUCACAGCCCUCCAUAUCACCAGAGUUGCAGGCAUGCAUCCCGCCAAAAGAGAUCAGUGAUGCGCUUGUUGGCUGUUACCUUCGUACAUUUGAGGGCGUCUUUCGUGUCCUACACGUUCCUUCCUUCAAGAAGGUAUACGACGCCUACUGGCUAGGCACUAUGCCUGCAAAACCGUCCAUCAUUCACAAGUUUCUGCUUGUAUGCGCAAUUGGCGUGCCAUUCUACACUGGACCAGAGCAAGCCAAGCUCCGUAUCUCAGCUGCGAAAUGGAUUCAAGCUGCUGCAGAUUGGCAGAGCGCACCUCAUGCGAAAUCGCGUCUCAAUAUGAUAGGGUUGCAGAUACAGAUCUUGACAUUGAUCGCGCGUCAAGUUUGCAGCAUCGAUGGCGACCACAUCUGGAUACCUGCAGGCACGCUAUUGCGAACGGCCAUGCAUCUCGGUUUGCAUCGCGACCCGUCUCACUUUCCCAAGAUUAGUGUCUAUCACGGUGAGAUGCGACGCAGACUCUGGACGACCGUGCUAGAGAUCACUGCGCAAAGUAGCCUGGAUAUGGGUAUGCCACCCAUGGUUUCUGUGAACGACUAUGAUACCAAGCCACCGUCUAAUAUCAACGAUGAAGAUAUAGGAGACGGUAUCGACACGCCACUAGAUGUGAAGCCAGCAACCACCUUCACGGACUGUAGCAUUCAAAUCGGUUUCACACAAACACUUCCUAUACGGCUGGAGAUUAUCAGGUUGAUUAACAACCUUCGCUUCAAUCUAUCCUACGACGACGUGUUGCGCAUCGGCAGUGAGCUGACCAGCGUCUGCCGUGAGAAAACAAUGUUCUUCAAAUCAGCAUUAGCAGCAGGACACAAUAUCACUCCGUUCCAGAUCAAAAUGUCCGAUACUCUUGUCCGACGCUUCGUCCUUUGCCUCCAUCGCCCGUAUUUUUCCAAAGCAAGCGAAAACCCACGCUACCACUACUCAAGAAAGAUGUGUUUGGACACCUCAUUAGCGAUCUACGCGCCGGCGACGGAACUUGCGCCUGGUGAAGAAGACGAUUGGACACGCAUGACGCAUCGGUGUGUGGGCUUCUUCAAAUCCUUCUUCCUCUACGCCAUGUCAACCGUUUACUACGAGCUCAACUCGCAAAUCAACGAGAGAGAAGAAGAGGCAGCACUCUUUGCUCCCCUGAUUCCCACACAUGUGUCAACAACAUCUUCCUCCAUGGGGUUGUCAUCGCUACCAACACAAUACCAGCCCCUAUGUCAAGUCCUAGAAUCCGCCCGACAAACAGCAGUAGCUCGCAUCCACAAUGGCGAAACGAACGCCAAGGGCGUUGUCUUCUUAAACUGCGCACUAGCGCGCAUCGACGCUUUAGUAUCAGGCGCUGACCCCGAAGCAGCUGUCCUGGAAGCAGCAAAAACCUCUACCAGAGAAAUACGUCAGAUACUCGCUACAGUGUACCGAGAAGAGCACGGCGAGGAAAUCGAUUUAGAUUUCUCCAGUGGAAGCUUCACAGGAAGAGAGCACGGUCGCGGUGAAGGCGCUGAUGAUGUUACAGGGAAGCAUCUGCCUACCGGUACCAACGUGCAAAGCGAAUUUAACAACAAUACAGACUUUCCUUCUUUUGAUGGCACAAUGGAGGGGUUGAAUAUGCUGGAUGGUGAUCUGGGAGACAUGAAUAUGGGUAUAGAUGUUGACGUCAAUGCUUAUAUGCAAGGACAGUCCAUGGAUCUAGGUAACGGGUUUCAUUUUGGGAGAAGCCCGGAGUGGUUUUACGAUCUCAGCGGGUGGGCUGCAACUAGUAGUCUCGGGAAUCUUGGGUAUGAAGAAAAUCCGGCCACACAAUUGUCCAAGUAG